AUUUCAAACAUGGAUCGCGGUCGGCGGUCCGCACACGUGAUAGGUUUUUUUAUUAUUGUGAAUUGUGGGUUGUGUGUUGUUAUUUGAAAAGUAAUCUCCGACGAAACUUAUAUAAAUAAAGUUUAGAGAUCCACGAUUGUGAUCAUGUCGGCUCCGGCUAAAAGGCGUUCGGUGCAACCACAAGAAUCCAAAGGCAGCACGUCGGAAAAUCUGGAAGAUAAUGUCGAAGAAAAUAUGAUGAUCGACGUAGAGUUCGAAGGACGCAACCCCGAGAGUUCAGAUUUCCAUAGCGUCAAACAAUUGUUACAACAGUUGUUUUUAAAAGCCCAAGUAAAUCUUUCAGACAUGGCUUCGAUUUUGGUCAAUCAACAAAGUGUUGGCAGUGUUAUCAAGCAAGUAUUUAACGACGAAGAUGAUGACGACGAUGAUGAAGACGUUGAUAGCAAUCAAGUUUUUGGAAUAACAACAGUUUUAAACAUAACUGAUCAAAAGAGCGAGUGUGUAGAACAAUUGCAAAAGUUACUACUGAAUUUGAGCAAACAACACGGUGAUGAUAAUGUAUUCAAUUUUGUCAAUGAUUUGUUUAUAAAUAAAAAAAAACCAUUGGCAUUAUUGAUAAAUGAACGGUAUGUUAAUAUUCCGCCCGCGAUAUCUGUGCCUCUACUACAGUCUGUCAGUAAAGAGUUGACCAAAGCCAAGUCAAAGAACCCAGCCAACGAUUUUUCAUAUUUCAUUAUGAUUUGUAAAUUGUACAAAAUAAAAGAAAGCAAGAAAAAUAAACCCCAGGAACCAAUGUGGUCAAAUGCCGAGGAAGAGAUAUUUGAUGAAGAGGCAGAGUACAAGUUUGAAUUCUGCGUGAAAAACGAAAAGGAUUCUGGAUUAGGCGGUAGCUGGGAAGAAGGCGAUAGUGAAAUGAUUCCGUACAGACGAGUGCUACUGUUUUCAGCUGAAAAACUCGACUCUAUUAUUAACAAAAUUAAGGCACUGUUAAAUUGAAACGUUGUGAAUAACAAAAUAUUGUAAAGUAUCGAUGUUUAUUACUAUAUUAUAUAAAAUAAAUAUAAUUAAAUUAUGUUUGGUAUAA